ACCUGCGGGGUUUUCGAGCAGAGCUGUUCCUUGAACCGCGUGAGCGGCACGACGCACAAAGCAAUGUAAAUCUAUCCAGGAAUAUGCGCAUUUGAAAAAAAUCAGUAAAAGCUUCGAAAUCUUGGUCAUACAGCGUUGGAUAUAUAAGAGGUAUGCUUUAAUGUCCUUGCGUUGAAGAGAAUGAGGACGACUUGUGUGUGCACCGAGCGCGUGAGAGAGUGAAGUGGAGCACUGCGCUGGAGUUGGUCUCGAGAUCACAAGCACCUCAAGGAGCGGGGGGUUUCCUUGUCAUUUGGCGCUACUCGUGCGUUUUUUCAUUCCAACAUGGACCGUAAUGAGAGUUGAGAGUGAGCUAAUGAGAUCCAGACUGCUGAAGACAGUUUAAAUUACGGGACAUUUAUUUGAAUUUUCUCAUCACAGUUUGUCCGAUGGAGCACCUGAACUUUUUUUUUCUGUGAGCGUCUCCCUGCAUAAAAACCGGUCGUCUGUGAGCCGACAGUGGUAUGGGAUCUGUGAUGUAACGCGUUUUCGGUGUGCAGACGGAGCGCGGACAUGCAGCUCGGGCGGGCGGUUUGCGCGCUCGCGGCCGCGGCUUCGGCCCUUCUUCUUAUUCUCUUCUUUCAAGCGCGCUCUCUGCGAGAAGGUCAGCUGGCAGCAGGCACAUGUGAAAUAGUCACACUAGACCGAGACAGCAGUCAACCAAGGAGGACCAUCGCAAGGCAGACAGCCAGGUGUGCCUGCAGAAAAGGCCAGAUUGCCGGCACAUCCAGAGCCAGCCCAGCAUGUGUAGACGCUCAUAUCGUGAGAAGCAGGCAGUGGUGUGAGAUGUUGCCUUGCUUGGAUGAUGAAAGCUGUGACUUGUUAGUAAACAGAUCAGGUUGGAGAUGUGCACAGUCUGGAGGCAAAGUGAAAACUACCACAGUAUCCUGACAUCAGCCGUAGUUGAAGCUUCUGAGAGAAAUUGCCGGAUGCAGAUGCCCCACCCCAUCCUUUAUGGCUACAGCUACCAUUAACAUUUUCUAGUCUGUUGAUACACCCAUCAGUAAGGCAAAUUAAGAUCUGCUCCUGGUCCUGUGUAGAUGAUCAGAUUGCUCCCAGAACAAAUAAUGGAUCAUUCACAGAAAUGUAUAGAUGCCUACUUCUGGACUGAACAAGAUUGUGGAUUUAUUAUGGAGCUGGCAGAACAAUUUUCUCUUUCCAGUAAUAGGAAAUUGUACAGACCAAAGAAAAACUGAACGGACACCAUGCUUCCACUUAAAUUUUGGUGUUGUGAGUUAGCAGUGAAAAAUAUAAAUGCACAAUUAAACAAACAGAAAAACACACAAAUGUACACUAAACACACAUACACCUGGUGGCACAGAAAGAGAAAAACACUAAAAAAAUUAUCUUCAUUCUUGGAUUUAUCAGUUGGUCCUUAUGCUGCAUAAUGAACAUAAAUCAGGUAUUUUUGGAAACCGCAACGACCAUGCUAAUGAUAUUUGAAAAGGAACUUUGGCAGAAGACUAAUAAAUAUUUUUUUCAAAGGCACAAAAUGUAUUUAAUAUUUCUUGUAAUUUUCUAGAGUUGCUUAUUUAAUAAUAUUAAUGAUGUGGUCAUGUGUGAAAUCAUAAAACCUGCAUUUAUAAUCAGACUUGUCUUUGCAGAUCUGAACUGAUUUCCAAAGAUCAGAGCAUAUUAUAGACAACAAUUAUGGAAUAUUUCAGCACUGUAUAAAGAUAAAUGUCACAAUAGAUACCCUUUGUCAUGCGAUUGUUUUUGUUUCAGUCCAACGCAUAUUAUAUCACACUAACUGCUUUAAAAAGCAUAAUAUCUGUACACUUGGUAUAGGGUGUGUCUCUGUGAGUUUUGUGUCAGGUUCUGCUUUUGCCCUUGUCCUUCACUUUCCCUAAGUUCAGAGUCUGUGGAGAUAUGCUGCUGUCAUCCAGGCUUUGGGCUUCAUUUAACAUCACUAACAGUAUGCAUACAUUACAUAGGUCUUCUUACUACUGACACACUGCUGUUGUGGCUAUGUUGACGUUUUUCCUCACUGUAAGUGAUUAUAUGUUAGUGCUGAGGGGUUGUAUGUUUUAGAGGAUUCACUGAAUACAU